GGGCAAUUGUCGUUCAACACUGCAACUGAUUCAAAUAUAAUGUGAAAGAGAAAUAUCAGAUAAUCAGAACUAAAAAAAAUAAAAAUCAAUCAUCACAAAUGGGAACCGUCGAAAAAUCGUCAAACAACGAUGCAUCGGUGACUGACGACAUCCGCAGUGCUGAAUAUUAUCACGGAAUGGUACCACGUCAGGAUGCGGAAGGAUUCUUGAAGCGAGAAGGCGAUUUUCUUGUUCGGAAGACUGAGCAAAUGCCAGGAAAAGUUGUGUUGGCGAUGUCUGUGAGGGUAACCGAUGAGUUGUGCCGCCACUUCAUGCUCAAUAUGGACCCGACAAGCAAUAAGUUCUACUUUGAGCACACUCAUCAAGAGAGCACAAUUUCAGAACUUAUCAAUUGGCACAUGACCACCAAAACUCCCAUCUCAGCUGCUUCUGGAGCAAAGAUCCGCCGUCCAAUGGAGCGAUCCCCUUGGCUUAUCAAUCAUGACAGCAUCGUUGCAAACAAGAAACUCGGCGAAGGUGCAUUUGGUGAUGUUUUUAUCGCUGAGCUUGAUCAAGGUGGAAAACAGGAAGUCGCUGUGAAGACAAUGCGUGCCGAAGCAACACGUGAAGCUCGGCUCCGUUUCAUGAAGGAAGCUCGUUUGAUGAGAAAAUAUCAGCACAAGCAUGUGGUGAAAUUGAUUGGAGUGGCAAUUCAUGAACAUCCAUUGAUGAUUGUGAUGGAAUAUUGUCCAAAUGGUUCAUUGUUGAGUCAUUUGAAGAAGAACAAAGUAUCUUUGAUUGAAAAACUGAGAUUCACGACUGAAGCUGCCGACGGAAUCGCAUACUUGGAGAGAUCUAAGUGCAUUCACCGUGACAUCGCUGCUAGAAAUUGCCUUUUGUCAGCGAAAAAUGAGCUGAAAAUCUCUGAUUUCGGAAUGUCGGAUAACAAGGAUGAGAUUAAGGAUGAAACCCUUGAAAAGGUUCCCAUUAAGUGGUUGGCACCAGAGACAAUGCAGGAGAAAGUGUACACUCAUAAGACUGAUAUCUGGACAUUCGGAGUUCUCGUUUGGGAGAUUUAUUCUGAUGGAGCUGAGCCAUAUCCAGGAUUGACGAAAAUUCAAACUCGUGCCAAGAUAGUUGUCAACGACUACAGAAUGAAAAUGCCAGACGGAACACAUCCAACUGUUGCUGACGUUGUAACUGGAACCUGUUGGCAGAAGAAUCCAGAGAAAAGAUCAACUAUGGAUUCAAUCCACAAGAAGCUCCGAGAGUUUUACGAAUCGAAGAAAUAGACGAAUGUUCUGCUUUCAAUGUACAAAAAAAAUAUUUUUUAUGAGGAAUGUGAAAAUGUGUAUAAUUUUUGAAUGAUAGAAGGAAUAAACUUUAAAUUUAUUUUCUGAAAUGUUCGUACAUUCAAAAUUCAAAUGAAAUGU